AUGUUUUGGCUAAAGAAGCUCAUUCGUGAUGAGCGCUUCCUCUUUGGCGCGCUGGCGAUCAACGUCGUCACAUGGGUCAUCGCCUCUCGCUAUCUCCUGAAGAAAUGGCGCGACGAGGCUGAGAUCAAGCCGCAGCAGCCCAAGACGCAGUACAUCACGCAGGAGACGGAGGACGCCCUCAAGCUGAGUACGCUGGAGACACUGCUGGGACACUACAACUAUGCGAUCCGUGAGACGGCGGCCAAGAUCGUGUGCGACAGGGCCGUAAACGAUAAGGAGACGGUUGAUAUGCUACUUUGGGGCAUCACGAGGCCGGAUUAUGACGAGCGGAUAAAGAACCUGAGGGCGCUUGCGAUUAUUACGGAUCAGCAGAGCCUCGAACGUCUCCAUUGCUUCAAAGCUUACUCCGCACUCGUCCGCUCUCUCGAGCUUUCCCUCGACCCCGAACAAGAAGUUCUCAACGACCCCAACUGGGACGACUACCCGCUGCGCGACAUGACAGAGAAGCUCUGCCUCAUGUUCAUCUCCCAACUCAUCAACUGCUACGACUGCGAAAAGCUCGUCAAAGCCAAGUUCGUCGAGAAGUGGCUCGCCAAACAGAACUGGGGUUCAACCCCCGAAGAACGCUUGAAAAAUUUCAGCCAGUACAACGAAGUCCGUAACAACCGCAUCACAGACAUCGUCGCCGUUCUGAGGACCUCGCGCUCCGGGCGCGCGGCGCUCGAAAAGGCAGGUCUGUUGGAGCCCGUGCUGUCGCCGAUAGACAGCGAGGUGGGGGAUAACGAGGCGUACCGGCUCAGCGUGGUCAUGUCGGGCAAUUUUACGCUGAAUAACCUGCAGGAGCACGCCAAUGCGGUGAUGCGGUCGCUGGAGGCGGCAGCGCGGACAGCGGAGGAGCAGAGGAGACAUCGGCAUCGCGAGGCCAUGGUGUUGAAUGAUGGGAGCAGGCCGGUGAAUAGCGAUGAUAUUAUCCAGCCGGAGCCUAGGUCGCCUUCGUGA